AAAAUAAUCACUUCUCAUCGCUUACUAUGUCUGAUAACAAUAAUAAUGAUAAUAGUAAUAACAAUAGUAAAGAAAAUACAAAUUUAGAGAUUACUGAAAGAAACACUACUGAUACAUUAUGCCCAUUAUGUUGGAUUUUCAUACAAGAGAUUAAAAAGUGUAACGAACUGACUGAUGAGACAUCAUCACUCAACAAUUAUCUCAGUCAUCACCAGCAUCACCAACAUCGUUUAUACUUGAAACACUCAACACAAGGCACUCCAAACAAAAUUCAUAUUUCCACAUCCAAGCUGAAGCGUAAGAAACGUAAACCCCUGCCAAGAAAUGAUCAUAUUUCUGUUAUCAUCUUAGAUGAAUUAAAACGUUUCUGUGAGAAUACAACAAUUCGUGGCCUGCCGAGAAUAGUUCGUUCACAUAAUCGUCAUUUACGCUUGCUAUGGUUAAGCUUAGUAUGCAUACUUGUCUUAGGAUGUUUUGCUUGUAUGUUUUUCUUAGCAAGACAAUAUUUAGAAUAUAAUGUCAUUCAUCCACCACGUGUUCUCCGGCAUGCAUCUAGUCCAUUCCCAUCUGUAACUGUGUGUAACUUUCGACCAAUUUCACCGGAAGGAUUAAAGUAUUUACAAAUUAAAGGUUGGAAAACACCGAGAGAAUUUCUAUUGGAUAUAGCUGCAUAUGCAGAGCAUUUAUAUUAUUAUAAACAGAAACAAGCUGAGUAUAAUGCAGCAAGUGCAGCCUUCUCAUUAGCAGGCUUCUUAGAAAGUCUUCCAAACAAUGAAGAACGUAGGAAACUAGGUUAUCAGCAUAAUAAAUUAAUAAUUAAAUGCCAAAUAACCUAUCUGAACGGGAGUAAACCCGUUGCAGCACCAUGUGAACGCAACGGUAUUUGGCGUAAAUUUAUUCAUGCCCAAUAUUUAAACUGUGCCACCUUUGAACCGUAUAGUUAUUUACGUUCAACAUUAACAAAUAUUGAAAUGUAUAUUUACUUAGAUGAAAUGUUGAAACGUGCUCAUUGUAUUGAUUGUUUUCAUAAUGAAGUGAAAUCUCAAUUAUCUGGUGCACUGAUAUCAAUUCAUGGCGCUGAUACUAUACCAAAUAUCAAUGAUAAAAGUAUAAAUUUAAAACCUGGUACACUGACUGAAUUACGUUUGUCUAUUGUGGAAAAUAUUCAACAAAUGCCACCAUAUGGUAGAUGUUCUAUGAAUCAUCCAAUGAAUUUACAGUUAUAUGAUAUGAGUUAUAAUUAUUCAGAGUAUGCCUGUCGUCAUCUUACAAUACAAAAUGAUAUCAAUAAACAUUGUGGUUGUUAUUCAAUGGAAUAUGCGUAUAACGAAGAUGAAGGUUAUGAACCGUGUACAAGUCUUUCAAAAUUCAUCAGUACAUCGGGUUGUAGUCGUCGUCAGCUCAAAUCGUCAUUAUCAACAUCUUCAUUAGCAUCAUCAGAAUCAAAUGUAAAUAAUAAUUAUAAUAAUAUAAAUUCAACUAUAACAAAUAAUUCUUGUAUAGAUGAAAUGCAUAAAUUUGUUGAGAGAAUCAUGUGUAAGAGUUCAGUCACACAAAAUUAUGUUCACGGUGCAAUACCAAGUUGUACUAUGCCGUGUUCCUUCUACUCUUAUGAAUCAGAACAAUCUACAUCAACAUGGCCAACUAAAAGUUGGCAGUUGACAUGGUUGAAUUCAUCACAUAAUAAAAGGUUAGGCAUAUUUAAUAGUACAGAAUUUCAACCAUAUCAUGAAGCCCGACGUCAGCUAGAAAAAGGCAAUGAAACUGAGGCAGCUAAUAUUCUUGAGCAUACAAAUGUCUUAGAAAGAAAACUACUUGCUGUACUUAUUAAUCGGCCAAAUUUUGAUGUACGUAAAGUCGAGGAGAAAGAAGUUCUCUCACUGACAAGUUUAUUAUCACAAACUGGUGGAUUGUUUUCAAUAUGGAUUGGUUUGUCAAUGAUUUCCCUGGGUGAAGUAUUCGAAAUGUGCAUACGUUGUUAUAUAAGAGCUAAAAAUUCUAGGAAUUCUACAACAGCGGCUGCUACCUCUGCUAUUUCUUCGUGUUCAUCAUCUUCGUCGAUGCCUUCUUCAUUAUGUCAAGAGGAGAUAAUGCAUACAGUCCAGUGUUCUUGUGGGAAUACACUUUCACUUGAUCAUAAUAAUCAUGUGUCAGGUGUUAGCCAUCACAUGUUUUGUAGUACUCUGUCAAAUUAUCUCACGAAUGAUUUCACUGCAUCUGAAAAUAUUAGUCAAACAACGGCUGAGGGGAAUGUUCAGCAGACAGGCCUCUCACCCUUGUCAAUAGAGGAAAAAAAGCACAAUGGACAUGAAAAAUAUUCCCACCGUCAUCACAAGCAUCAUCAACAUCAACGGCGUCGCCAACAUCAACCACAGCAAAACGUAUCCACAGAAUUAUCAUCAAAUGCUUAAUAGAGUCAGUUGAACAGUUAAUAUAUGUAUACAACUUGUAAAAGAGAAUAAACCAAACAUAUAUAUACAUACAUAUUAGUCACAUAUGUAUAAAUUGAACGCAUCUACCUAUCUAUCUCAACCCAGAUCUUUUGUUAUUCAUUCUUUACCUUAUUAAAAAUCCUUGUUAAAUAUUGUAUAAUUGUUCUAUUUUCAUUAUUCUUGUUUCUCGGUGUUCAAAAGUGUG